GCAGUGGGCAAUGAAAGACUCCGGAAUGGCAGGGAGGGAGGCCAGAUGGCAUAGGAUGGGCAGAGGCCAAGAUAAGUGAUUAGAGUCAGGGCAAAUGCUGAGAAAUGUCUCGUGAGGUUUCUUGUCUCAGUCUCAUUUACCAGAAGCCCGUGUACAGGAAAUCACAGGGCUGUCCAGUAUCAUGAUAAGCCUCACUUGGUCACCAGGUUUCACUCAAGCUCCUACAGGCAUCUCCCCAUCCAGAGGGUCUAGCAGAGCAUCCUGGGCUGUUUGCCAAUCUCAGGAAGGUACUUCUUUCCCAACUCACCACCUCCAGCAGGAACAUGGUGCUAAGGAGCACCGAUGGAGGGUUUCCGAGCAUGGAUCCAACCAGCCCCUGGGCAACCGAAAUCACAACAGAGAAUGGAAAUGACCAAGUCCCUCCUCCAACUUGUGGCAAAAAGACUCUGCUCCUGGUCUCGAUCGUGGUCGUUGCCCUGGUCGGGCUGGUGGGAAACGCGGUUGUGCUCUGGCUGCUGGGCUUCCGCAUGCGCAGGAACGCCUUCUCCGUCUACAUCCUCAACCUGGCCGGGGCGGACUUCCUCCUCCUCUGCUUCCAGAUUAUAUAUUACCUGCAUAACCUCAUUGACGUCUUCCAUCCCACCUCUGUCUCCAUCCCUAGCUUCGUCAUCACUAUAUCGACUUUUGCCUACCUUGCAGGGCUGAGCAUGCUGAGCGCCAUCAGCGCCGAGCGCUGCGUGUCCGUCCUGUGGCCCAUCUGGUUCCGCUGCCGCCGCCCGAGACACCUGUCGGCGGCCACCUGUGCCCUGCUCUGGGCCCUGUCCCUGCUCCUGAGCACCCUAGAAGGGAAGUUCUGUGGUUUCCUGUUUAGGAUUGGUGACUAUGAUUGGUGUCGCACAUUUGAUUUCAUGACUGCGGCGUGGCUGAUUGUUUUAUUUGUGGUUCUGGCUGGGUCCAGCCUAGCCCUGCUGCUCAGGAUCCUCUGUGGCUCCCGGCGGAUGCCGCUCACCAGGCUGUACGUGACCGUGGUGUUCACAGUGCUGGCCUUCCUCCUCUGUGGCCUGCCCUUCGGCAUCUACUGGUUCCUCUUAAUCUGGAUGGAGAAUUAUUUUGAUGUGUCCCCUUGUUAUCUUUCUUCGGUUUUAGAUGUCCUGUCCUGUGUUAACUGCAGCACCAACCCCAUUAUUUACUUCUUCGUGGGCUCCUUUAGGCAGCGCUGGUGGCGUCGGGGGCGGACCCUCAGGCUGGUUCUCCAGCGGGCUCUGCAGGACACCCCUGAAGGGGACGACAGUGAAGGAAGCUUUCCUCGGGGACCCCUCGAGAUGUCGGAAAGCGGUCUGGGGUAGCAACCCGGAGCUUCUGCUUCGGUCAGACAGAUGUAGCUUUGAGAGCCAACUUUGCCCCUAUCACAGUUGGGGAGAUUUUCUUAACUUUCUCCUCCCCUGAUCUAAAACUGUCAAGAUAAUAAUCCACCUCCCAAGGACUGAGUGAGACAGUGUCUGUUAAGCAAACACUGAGUGCAGAGUCUCUGGAACUGCCUUACAAGCUUCGCCCCACCCUCUGUGAGCUUUGCCAACUCUGGGGUGCAGAAUUGUUCCCACUUUUAACCAACCCCACCUUCAAGAGAAGGCUGAAAGCACUGCAGGAAUAAUUCCAAAUUUCUUCGGUCAAUGCACUUAAGAGGGAUGAAAACAAAGUCACAUUUUUAACGAGUUUCUUUUUCUCUUCCCUACAAUUUUUGUCUCAAAAUUAGAAAAAUGAAAGAUCAAUCUAGGCCGAAAAGAGCAGUCUUCUUUAAUUUGGGCAGGCCCUGGAAUAUCUCCCUAGCUUCAUAAAUGUUUAUUGAAUACAUUACUUAACAGAUGAAUAAGCUGAUGAAUUUUUAAGUAAAGCCUGUGCAAAAUCUGCAUUUACCAAAUUUGAGCCAUUUACCAAAGAUGAGCCAUCAUCUUUAAAUUUAUUCCUUUCACCAUUUUCAACUUUUGCAAGUAUAAAGUUAAGUUGUAUAACCAGAUAAAUCAACUAUAUUUAAGGUUUGAGAUAGACUGUCUUUUGGUGGUUUCCUUUCAAAUACCGUCCCGCCCCUUCCUCUAGGCCUUUUCCCUGAUUGUUCCUCUCUAGAGACCCUCUAAUCCCCGGUGGAGGUUUCCAAUGGGUCUCAUUACACUCUAUGUUCUUUGAGGACAGGAUCUAUGUCAGAUUUACCUUUUAUUCCCAAAAGCUCGCAGCAUUUACCUUAAUUG